AAAUCACAACCGUCCAUUCUUUAAGAUCUCAAUCACCUCUCAUCAAAACGGUGCAUGGUCACAGAUCAACGGUUAGAAAUAGAUCCUCGUUAGGGUUCGUUCUUUCGGUUCCGUGUUUUCCUGAAAUCGAAACCCAUCUUCCAAUUCACGCAUCUUCAUCAACUGGAUCGCUUCCAGUACCUUCUGAGUUUGAAGCUAUGGAGGCUUAUAAGAGAUGGGUGAGACAGAACAAAGAGUAUGUGCACUCGUUAGAAUCUUUGGCCAAUGGAAUGACAUGGCUUCUUCCUGAACGAUUUUCUGAAUCAGAGAUUGGACCAGAAGCAGUGACAACCAUUUUGGGAAUCGUCACAGCUAUCAAUGAACAUAUAAUUGAUAGUUCUCCUAGCCAAAAUAUUACUGGCUCUGUAGAGCCUAAUUCAUUCCCUUUUCCAUUAUGCUUAUCUGCAUUAAAGGAUUUGGAAACAUUAGUUGAAGUCGUGGCACAACAUUACUAUGGCGAUGAUAAGAAAUGGAAUUUCCUUGCUGUUACCGAAGGAAUCAAGGUACUGGUUCGGUUGUCUUUGUUCCGAAAGAGUGGAUAUAAAAUGGUGUUACAUGGAGGGGAGACCUCUAAUGAUGAUUCUACUUCACAACAUCAAAUUGCCGCGAACCCAAAAGGGCGUUACAAUCCUGGAACAAACCCGUGGAAUCUGGAAGGAAGAGCACUGUCUGCGUUAAGUCAAUUUGGAGAAAAAGCGAGGAUGGUGUCAGAUCCGGUGUGGGCACGUAGGGUUCAACACCAGCAAGCAAUCAUGGAACCCGCCGCUUCAAGGGUAGUGAAACCUACACUUUCCACCAUAUUGUCCAAAAAGGGGUUUCGUGGAGCUUUGUUUUUGAUUGGAGAAGUCCUAUUUAUUAUUAGACCACUUAUCUAUGUUUUAUUUAUUCGAAAAUACGGCAUUCGGUCAUGGACCCCUUGGUUCCUUUCACUGGCUAUUGAUACCAUAUCAAACAGUAUUCUCUCAAUUAUUACAACGACAGUGGCGGGUGAAAAUCAGAAAAUGAUUCAUAUUUCUGCCCCAGAAAAGGAUGAGGUUAAACGACGGAAGCUGUUAUUUGUACUCUACCUAAUGAGAGAUCCAUUUUUCAGCAAAUAUACUAGACGAAAACUUGAAAGCACAGAGAAAGUUUUGGAACCUGUACCAAUCAUAGGAUUUCUUACAGCUAAAAUUGUUGAGCUUACGAUUGGAGCUCAAACACGGUACACUUACAUGUCAGGAUCAUGAUACAAAAUCCAAAAGAAAGACAUUAUUGCUCUCCAAAAUUGAGGGAAUAUGUUCUCACUAUGCUGCCACACUUAGUUUUGUUUCUGAUUUUCAAAUGAUGAAAGAGAUAUCACAUUUGAUACCAUUAUGAUAGAAAAGCAAGAAACAAACAAGUGUGGGACAUAUUUUUUGGGAGGUAGUUCAACUAUCAACAACUGGACAUAAAUUUGGAGAUUUUGUUUCACUCCUACACAUUAGAGUCUAAAUACCAAAUUGCAAAGUUACACUGUUUAUUAAACUUAGAAAAUUAAGCUUAUCAUCCUUUGAAUUCUUGUGAGGAAGAAUGUAUGUUAAUUUGCACCAAAAGAAGGUGAAUGAAUAAGAAACUUUCUAAUGCCUUGCUGUGUCUUUAUGUUUCAAGGGAUGCUGCAAAGUUUUCUGUCAAAUAUCUGUGUACCAAAAUUAUGUUAGCUUUUAGUUUAGCCUUUUGAUAUCUGUCAAUAUCUGUGUACCAAAAGUAUUCAUCGUCUUUGUACGUUUUACAUUUGUUUGGUGCACAAUGAAAUAUUCUCUAUCAUUUGUCUGUUAUUGCCAGUUAAGAGAUAUGGUAAUUUUUUACAACCCCUCGCAGCCUCUAUCAAAUGAACCUCCAGACCAAACAAGAGCUAACUCCUAUAAUGUUAAAAAAAUAUAGGCCAGCCAAUAUGGAAACAACAAUCUAAACUAUAAUAGAAACAUAUGACACAGUGCCUAGAUAAAACGCUCGAAGCCUGACACCAUGCUAAAUCCCUACUAAUCGACUACUAACAUGACCAAUCCACCUAAAUCAGCUAUUGAACUGACAAAAUUGAAGGAUAGAAAAACACUUAGAAGGGGGGUUUGAUUAAGCGUAGUUUUAAAAAACUCUUAAGAUAAAAACAAUUUGCACAAUGAUUUUUAUCCUGGUUCGUUGUUAACUAAACUACUCCAAUCCACCCCCUUGGAGUGAUUUACCUCACCUGAGGAUUUAAUCCACUAAUCACACAAGAUUACAAUGGUUUUCCACUUAGAUAACCUCUAAGUCUUCUAGAGUAUUCUGAUCACA